AAGAGAGGAUAAAUGAUAAGGCAUCCGUGAGUGGCAUUAUUGCAACUACUGAAGGAGGCUCAUCGAAAGAGGAGUUAAAAGAAGUUCUAAGGAAAAGCCUUGAAAACUAUAAGCGAAGUAGAAUCGAACCUAAUAUAUGUACCAUGAAUCCUAAUCGUAUAUCUCCAUGUUACAAUAAAUGUUGUUUUAAAAGGUACAAAGACGAGUCCCGGAAAAAGAAAAGCAAAAAAAGAGAGAAUGAGAGUUCUGGCUCUAAAAGAGAAAAAAGUUCUCAGGCCACUAAAGCGGUUUCUUCUCAAUCGUUAAAAGCUGACUCUAAACAAAAAACAGGUGCUUCACCUGCUCGAAAACGUACGAAAGAUCGCAAAUCGAGGACGAAAAGGAACGAGUUUGAAAAAAUAACUGGAAAGAAAGUGGCUUUGUUCACACCGAAAAACAGCAGUGAAGACGGAAGUUCAAGUCCGUUUCUCACGAUAAGAAGUCCACAAAUGUCAACGAGUUCACAAAGUCCGUCGGUUUCACAUGUUCCGACGAUUCGCAAAUGCGUUGAAGUUGGAGCCCCAUCAAAGUUUCAGCGUUAUCUUAUUCAACCGAACAGUAUUGAACAUCCGCGUUCUGGGAUUGUGUUUUCUUUGCCAACUACAAGCAAUGCGAAUCCUACUCCAAGAUUCAGCAAUAGCCAGGCAGGGAAAACAACUCUUUUUUCGAAUCCGGCAAGAUCCUAUUUCGACACAAGUAGUUCUUCAAAUCAGGUAUUGACAAAGAGAACGAAACCUAAAGACUAUUUUCCAGGUUUGAAUGUUGGGGGUACCUGUGUCAGCGAAACUAAAACUACCCAUCCGAAAGCAUGCGUGAAUACACAGGCUCAAAAUCAGAUACUGGAAGGUGCAACCUUCCCGAAAGCGAGCAAUGCAUCUGAUUCAAAUUAUCAGUCUUCGUUUAAAAAGUACCAGCAAACCUAUAAUUCUAAUAGUUUGCUUCAUAUAAGUCCGUUAAGUUGUGAAGAGAACGAGACGAACGUUCGUCCUCAGACCAACUUUGGGAAGAAUAGAUUCCAUAACACUUAUUACACUUCCAAUGGAAUUGAAAAUCAAAGUUUAAAUCAGGCAAAUGGAACUCAGUUUUUGAAGAAUUCGGUUUCUAGAAUCUCAAGUAUCAAAGCAACUAAUGCUAACGAAUAUAUUCAAAAAGAUCGUUUCAGAAACUCAGCAGUAGGAAUUUCUGGAACCACUGGAGGUAGACUGGAAAUCAAUGAACCAACUAUCGGUCGUGACUUACUCUUCAGCAAGGAUGAAUCUCUAUUAGAAAACCAAAUUCCCUACCUUGAUUGCCUACAAGAUCCACUACCAGCCCCAAUGGAAAAUCCAGAAGAAGAUCCAUUUGAUUUUGAAUUUUCCAAUGAUUCUCAAAAAAUGGAUGAAAUAAACUCUCAUGUAGCAGAACACAUUAUCCCAGAUAUUCUACAGCCCACUAAGCCAAAGAUCAUGAAGUGUGAGACCCUCCCUUCUGAUUUUAUUCAACUUCUGCCUAGGUCUCAAACGUCUGUUAAAAACGAAAAUUCAACUUUUGAAGAAUCUGGAAGGAAGAGUCAGAUACUUUACAAUGAACACUCUGCCGAUGAUCAGAAAAUUGCCAUCCUAAAAAUAAAUAAUACGGGGCAAUUGCAGAAAAAUGAUUUGCAGGAGAGUCAGAAAUCUGAUGAAAUCAUGAGUGGCGAUAACUCGGUUAAUUUAGGCCUCACGGCUACACAAGCGAGUGCUAUGUUAACUUCAAACUUGGGCCCUGAUUUGGAUAAUGUAGGAUUGGACUUUUUAAACGUAGAUUUAUUUGGAGACGACAUGGUUAAUAACAACGAAAAAAUGCUUCUGCAUAGCAAUGGGAAUAUUAACCAACCAGUUGAGAUAAAGGAAUCGAAAACUUUUCUAGGUAGCGAAUUUGAGAAUAAUAACGAAAUGGUCACGGAAACCAAUGAAGGUAUUCAUAUGAGCAAUCCGGUUGAGGCAAUAGAGCAGCAACUGAGUUUAAACGUAGUUAACGGAUCCGUAGUUAUGAAAGGAAUUGAGUGCACAGAAGGUCCUUUACCCCAUAUAAUGAACUUAUUCAAUAAGAACCUUCGACCCUCUAGCAAACCAAAAAAAUCUCAAAAUACAGUGAAUAAUAGUUUGAGCGACUGUGAAGAAACAACUUACACCGCGAGUAAUUUAGAGGAACUUAAUAGCGUUGCAGGAACUUCGGAAAUCAUUGAAGGUUUCUCUAAUUUCAAAGGAUCCGAUUGGAAUUCUUCAAAUUUCGCGAGUGAAGGAGUCAACAAUCACUACAGCUUCCCAAAUCACCGGAAACGAAGAUGGUUUGAUGAUAAACAGACAGUAGAGCAAUCAGGUGAGAAGAAGGUAAAGUUGAAGAGAAGAAAGUGGAAUUAUUGCGCUAAUGAAGGCGAAUACACCGACACCUCGUCCGAAAUCUCCAGUUCCUGUAAAUCCAGCUUGAAUGAUUCCGACCACAAAGUGUUCAACUACACAGAGAUAUGUGAUGAUAAUCGGAAUGAUCUUCAAGUUUACAGAGAGGAGAGUGGCGUUGGGGAUUCUGUUGUUCAAAAUGAUUCGGCACAUGUAAGCCUCGCGAAUUUGUUAGUUAUGGGAGAACAGAAAAACUUUGUUAAAGAGGAACUCAAGGUGGAAGCUGUUGUCAAAACGAAAUUAGAAGCUAAAGUGCAACCAGUAUUAGAAACUAAAGAUCAAGCAAGAGUAGAAACAACAAAAGUCCAUGCAAGGGUUGAAGCGAAAGAAAUAUUCAGAGAGUCUGCCCCGGUGAAAGAAUCGCUGGUCGAUCCCGAGCCAGAGCCUGAGCCUGAACGCGGAGACUCCGACAGUCAACCUCGAAAAGUAAGAAAAGCGAAGAAUUCGCCCAUUCGUCGUAAGAGAAGAAGAGCUGGUUAUCGCUCCAAGUUUUCUCCGAGCAACUACUCAAACAGCAGUAGCGAAACUUCGGAUGAUGAGUUUACGACAAAAAAUAGUUCGUCAUCAGAGGACGAGCUCGAAAGUAAGGACCGUUUGUUAAAGGCGCGACUUCAAAGAGAACUCAAGGAUAUUCAAGGUUAUCAGGAAAUCAGCGAGAACUCAAAUUCCCAAAUAAUCGACACCCCCAUCACUGGCGAGGAUGAUCAAGAUAUACAGGAUGAUAUCCUUUCCGUCAUUGCGUCACCGUCGUUGAUGCUGAUGGACGUUGCAACUUCUUCGAGGUGUCCAUCCCCCAUGCUGCUUCCUAAAAUAGAUCAAAACAGUGAUUAUUCGGAUAAUACAGGGGAUAGCUAUUUCGAUACUUUUCAUCGUAAAAAUCAGGAAGAGUGUAACCGAGAUUUGAGGACCUUGCUUAACACUAAGCAAGGACACGAUGUGGUAGAUGGAAUAUUUGCGCGUCCUUUGCCACCCCAGAAUAGGGUCAAAAAUCAAAAUCAGCCUCUCCCUCAUUCGAGUAAGCAGUUGAUUGUCUUUGAUCAAGUAGCAACAACGAGUAGACCUCCAGUUAAUCGAAUAUUUGUCGGUGUUUGCCAUCGAUUCUUGACCACUGGCAUAUGUACCAGAAAGCUUUGUACAUUUGAGAACCAGAUACCAGUCAGGCUCCAGAUAAAGGAUUAUACUAAGCAAGAUGAAGUGUUUGAAAGAAUGCGUCACGGCAUCAAAGCGUCAUUUAAGUUUUUUGUUCAAUCGAUUUAUAAAACGUCUUUGAAACGACUAAGUUACGAUUUGUGUUUAAGAUUUUUUACUGAAGUAUGUAAUGCAAAUUAUCUGAGCGAACAGAUGCUGAGCGACACAGUAGAAACAUUGUGGCAAAAACAAGGGCCUAUUGGUAAAGUUGUUAGGGAUAUUAUUGAGCAGCCCAUUGAACCAGCGAUAGCACCUGAAUAUUUCUUGCGACUUUUAAACAUAGUUGCACCCAACGCUCCGAAAAAUGAUUACUGGGAGACAUUGCACCCAUUAAUAGAAAAAGUUAACUUUCCUCCCUAUAUGCUUGAGCAAAUUUUGAAUCAAUGCAUCCAUGAUCGAGGAAACGAGCCUCGCAUUGAAGCGGUCUAUGAACAUUUUGUGCGAACUGAGCGCUAUCAAGUAGUUAGAACUGAUACAUGGAUUACUUUUUGCAAACUUCGAGGCGAAUUGGAAGAUAAGAGACAGAAAGAUACAGCGCAAUUGUCGGGUGUACGAUUUUAUAACAGUGAGCAAAAUUAUUCGAAUCAAGGGAUUGCGUCGCCUGAUGCUGGAGCUGAUUUCCGGAGUCCUACUUAUUAUCACAAUGGGGAUGAUAAUGUGGACAUGGACUUAUGCAGUGUUGUCACUUACGAAAGUGGCAAUUCGUACAGAUUAAUGCCAAUUGAGGACUUGGCUCCACCGCAAUCAAAUAUGAGAGAACGUGAUAGGUUUUGGAAGUUUUAUGAUCACUUGGAAAGUUUGCGGAAUGGUUUGAAGCACGCGGAUUACCAACAUGUAGUCAGCAUUUUAAAACAGUACGUGAGCGCAGAGCGUACACUGUUUACCCGCCACUGUCAUAAAGUGCUUGCUACAGAAGUCAAUAAAUCUCAAGCCCAUAUGGAAAAUACCAUCAAGAUAGCAGUCCAAACUGGGGAGCUUUUCGAGCUGCGAGAUAUAUUGUACCGGCUAGGAACGUGCGUGUUGAUUGAUUUAGCUGAUCAGGGAUUAUGGGUUCAUGCGUACGAACUGCUUAAGACUCUCCAGACUUACAAUCUGCAUAAAAAUAACGCCGGUUUCACUCUCCUCGCAGCUGAGAUUUGCUUAGCUAAUCACCGAUACUUGAAGGCUCUAACAUUACUAAAACAGAACGAUAUUAUUUUCACCAACUGCAAGAAAUGGAAAGUGGCCAGCGACCCAGGGGACGUUCAUCUUCGAACAUCGACAGUGACCCUUUUGUUAGAAUCUUUGUGUCAAGACUUUGCAGAAAAAGCUUUUUUCAUUUUCGAUUUAAUUCUCGGCGAACAACCUUCCAAUUCCUAUCCAGUGGAUCUCACGAGAGUAGUGGACAAGCUGAUGUUGUCCUUAAUUACACAAAAUCACGUAGAUCUAGUCACGAAUUUGUGCAAAAAGGCAAUGCGGUACCAUUUAAAUUUUCACGUAACAACUUUCCGUUGUGUAAUCACUGUACUAGUACCGAAUGAUUUAGUUUUGGCACGCCAGUUUCACCAGUACGCAACUCAACUUGGUGUAUACAGUCCAAUAAAGGUUCAUAAUCCUCUCACUCGCGUGAUUAUCAACGUGGAUUGGUCCGAAGAGGAAAUGUACAUAGUAGUCUUAGAGUUUUUGAGGAAACUGUUUCUCAAUAUUGGAUUCGCAGCCUCUCACCUCGGGCCAAACACGCUUGUAGUGUUUUUUGUGUUUGAAAUAGUACCUGAGCGAAAGCAACUUUACCAUGAGCACACUGAUUCCAAGAGAGACGAGAAUCAGAGGGUAAAUAAAAGCAAAUCAAUGAUGCGAGAUAUGCUUGAAAAGCGAUUCGAUCCACCAAUUAGAUUUGUGAAAAAAGAUAGUGGUAGAAUAUGUAAAAUCAAUAGCCGCAGCCUGGUAGAUUAUUUGAAAGCCGGUCACAUCGCUGCUUAAAUGUGCGGAUUCAACAGCUGCAAAAACGGUAUAUAUUUUUUGGAUUAUUUUUAACAUUUUAAAACUACUUCAUAGUCAUUGAAGUAUCGUUUUGAAUCCGAAAAAAUAUUUGGAUACAAAAUUUAAAAAAGUGAAUCACAAAUCGAGAAAUUUAAUUUUCAUGUUUUUUUUAUUUUUUUAUUACUGGACGUUAAUACAUAUUGAAAUGUACUUUCCGUCCAGCUACAUUUUUUGUGAUUAAUCCUGUUGGAAUUUUAUCAAUAUUGUUAAUCGCUCAUUGAUCAAAUUCAUGAUGAUGAUUGCCAACGAGUCUGUGAUAUAAAGCUUUCCAAAUCGUUUAAUUACAUUUUUAAAUAGCAUAGACAACUUAAAUUCUUUGGAAGAAUUUUAGUACGACAAGUUUGAAGCAAAUAGUCAAGAAGUAUCGUAGGUUUAACUUGAAAAUUGACUUUUCGUAUUGUAGAAAUAUGCUCCAUUUCAUAUGUUGAUUUAAGUUUUAAGCCGUAUUAAGCAAACUUUUUAGUGUGCCAAACGAAUUUCUCUGAGUAAUUCAAUAACAUUAAUUUUGUUUGGAGUUUCUUAAGAGUAGUUUUUUUUAUUCUAGCACACAAGUUGUUAUCGAAAUUGUUUUUAUUUUUUUAAUGCGAAAACUUAGUAGUAAUUUUUGGUUUUAGGAUAGACUAAAAAACGAUUGAAAGCUUUAUUUGUAUUUUAAAUAUUCAUAGCAUCGUGGUUAUAGUUGAUGACAUACAUUAGGUUUUCCAAUAAGUUAGAUAGCCAGUGCCUAUUACUGGGAGAUAAUCAAAUUUAUAGUUCGAUGUGUCGUUAUCUCAUUUAUUGAAAUACUCUUGUACAUUUUUAUAUUGGAAGAAUUACCAGAAAAAAAGAGGCUUUUGGUAAAUAUUAGUUCUGUAAUAGUAAAUUAAUAUCUUUCAUUAUUGUACAGUUGUAAUAAACAAAUCAAACACACAUA